ACAGAUGUGGCAUACUAGGAAAUAGAUGCACAGUAUGGUCACGCUGUGCGCACGAGUCAAACAGGCGUGUGGUUACAUGCGCGAAGGAAAAUCCACCCUUGGCCUAGUACAUGUACUUCCCUCCGUCACUAUGCAACGAUAGACCCCUGCUGUGGUUCAUCAGGCACACACACGCAGGGGGUAUUGUUAUUGCUGUCAUAGCAGAUUCAUUUGUUUCCAGUAAACACCUCAGGCAAUUUUGAAAUUGGGUAUCCGUCCAGGUUGUUAUUAAGUAGGACGUUCAUUGUUGAAUCGAGCCUUGAAUGGAGUCUGUUCUGCAAUCAUGUUUAUGAAGUAGCAUUGCUUAUCAUUCCUGCUAUGAGCACCGGUUCGGGGAGGUAGAUGUGUGCGCGCGGACGCACUCUUUUGAUACAUCCCGAAAUUGUGGGUGGAAGCUCCAAAGGAUGACAGCAUUGUGCAGACAAGAUCUCGAGAUCGUUGAGUGGCCUCAACAUAAAAUUGGUCGUAAGCAUCUUCAAGGAUAACAAAUGGAUAAUGACCCUCGAGGAUUAGAUGUAGCAUCGUAGCGUCAAUGAGAAGAUGGAGACAUUGGUCGUGUUGGCUUCCCAUCUCAUCGUCAGACGUGCCCGGCUUGUCACGAAUGGAAUGUCAAGGAGCGUACUAAACGGAUAAUUGUGAUUUUUUCAAGGCCAAACACUGGAGCAUAGGCCUAACUGACUACCCACAAUACAGCGACAGCGACCGCGUGUCGGCAGCUUUUACCGCCGAUUCUGUAACACUUUGGUGAGGUGCUCAUAAUGAUGUGAAUGCCAACUUUCAAUGCAGGAAACUGUGACAGUGAUCAUUUAUUAUGUUUUGAAUACCAACUUUCAAUGCAUGAAGCUAUAAUUUAUGCUGCCAUCUUCAGACGUGCCAUCGAGUGUUUUUCUACAUCUGCAUUGCGUUGAUCAAAUCGUAUGGAUAUGAAGUGCGGAUUAUACAUUAACAGUAACACUUUGUAAAAUGUCGGAGGUGGAAAGUUUCUCCGAUGAAACAUCCACUAGCCACCAAAAUCCUUUCCUAUUGUCAAUUGUUAUUGUACAAACACAAGUCUGCCAACCAGAUGGUACCACCAGGUCUGGACAUUUCAUUUACAAUUGUGCCAAUAGUUAAAUACAGAAGAUUAACAGGUCCCGAAACUGUUGUGAUCACUACCUUUUAUAGGGUUUAAAAACUGGACCGACGGACCUCUUGGCUGAACCACAAACCCAUCUUGGUGCGCGCGAGCGGACUGCACAAUUUUCUGCAAACGGCUGCAAACUGAAGGUCUGUGACACAGUAUUUCUACCCAGAUCAACAAAAAUAUGGGAAAGUCAUGUUUGUUACAGAGUCCCUUCGUAACACUUUUCUGAUUUAGAUGAUUUCAUUAUUAUGCUUUUUUUAAACUGCACCAAUUUUACUAUUUUAAUGUUAGAACACUGACAUAGAUUAAUUUAGAUAAGAUUAUUUAUGCCAAUUAUUUUGCGCGAUAUAAGGCUAUUUACCUUUGGUACAUACCAGUAUGUAUCAGUGAAGUACGGGGCGGGUGCUUUUCUUUGUUGAAGUAAGCGAAGCCAGGAGUCGUUUUUUUUUCCUUUGCAGUUAUGGCAGCGGAAAUUGGUCAAAUUGUCAUGUACGAGGUGUGUGACUUCAUAAAGAAAAUUCUUGAGAAAACUCCGACGUCUGUGAGUAAUAAUGCUGACGAAGGUACGCCAGUUGAUUAUGAAGAACAACAAUCGAACACUACAAUCGGUCAUCCUUUGGAAGAGAAGACAGGCCACGGAAUAUGUGCACAUAGUUCAUCUCAAGCUUGGAACAGCAGUAAUGAAAACAAGAUGUGGGGCAGGGAUGGGGUCGAAAAUUAUAAGGAUACAGACUGUUUCUUCCGACCAUCAUCACAACAUUGUUUGUUCUGUCUUCGAGAAUUAGUCAUGCAUUCUGGGACACUGUCCGUGAGAGUGGAAGAGACAGUCCGAUAUGAGACAGCUAAAGUCUUGGGUAGAUACAACGUGCAGAAACCCAUCCCGACUUUAGCGCAGCUAUGCUUACAAAGGCUUGUCAAUUUUGAGACUACAGAAGAAAUGAUUCAGCUUCCUCCAGGUUUGCUGCCUGAGGUGAAAGAAACCCGCCACCAAAGAUGGCUUCAGCAGGUCCGAUUUGAUUGGCUGCUGAAGGCUCUCGUCCAGGCAGAGCGCACAGUCGACGGCUACCUGUGGUUUGGUCAGCAGUAUGAUCGAGCAGGAUUGCGACAAUGCUUCCGUCGGGAUACUCGCCACAUUGACGGUGCCAUUAUGAGCUCACAACACUGUCCUGGACUGCCGCUUAUGCCAGGAAUGCUCCCGCUACCUGAUCCAGUUGAUGGUUACGAUGCCAGCGACUGGUGCAUAGCUGUCCUUGCACAUGCUAUUUCCAUGCUUCUACCCAGUUCAGUGCCUGGAACAUCUUCGCUGAAGGCGCUUCAUCAUAGACCAUCUGAAACCAUCUGGGCUUACGUUCACAAGGUAGAGAGCUUGCUGAAGCAGUGGGCGCCAUCUGCAGUACAUCACUGCUUCGACGUUGCACUGGCGUACGUAUGGUGGACUAGGGGUUACUUAGAGAGGGCUGAACAAGCUCUUACCAAGUCCAUUGGUAAAGGUACCCUUAAUGGUGAGCUUACCACUACAUGCAUAUCGUCACUUGACACAAGAUUACAGUAUGGCUUACAUUUGAACGAACUUGGCCGCUUAAUGGCUCAGAGCGGUGAGUCUGAAUUGGCUGCUAAAUAUUACCGUGAUGCCGCCAAGCUCAUUUCUGAUGAAUCCACGGAUCAUAUAAAUGAAAUCAAGUUGCACUCGCUCAUUCUCUGUGCAUCAGCUUACGACCAGGGAAUAAUGAACCAAACUAGUGCCUGGCACGCAGCAACAUCUUGGGACGCUGUAUUGUGUGAACAGCACUGUCCAUCGGAUGCCACACGGGCUGCGCUAAUUUCCAUGUUACACUGUCAUACUCUGGAUGCUAUAAAUCAAAGCCUUCACGACGACUUGUCAGAAGUAGACAGGAACAAAGAGUGGUUACUGAAGAUGGAGUCCAACAUUGUCGUAGUUGCUGAGAAAGAUCCAAAUGCAUAUUUUCACCUUUCAGUUGUAAGAUCGCUACUCGGGAAGUUUGAGGAUGCAGAGAGAGCGUUUGUCAGUUUCAGCAGGUAUUUUGGCAGUAGACAGGGUGUGGAGGUACCUGGAUUUAUAGCGUGCUGUUCGGCUUCACCAAAGAGCAAUUUGUAUCCUUGGUGGCCGUUUACGCAGUGGAUCUCAGAAGCAGGAGCUGUCUGUACAUGCAUACCACUGUUAUGGCGACGGGUACUAGGGUAUCCAAUCGGCCUGGGAGAUUCUGGAAGUCAUGGGUGCCUUUCUGAAGUUUGUGGCGACUCACCCAAUCUUCGAAUAACAAAGGACGGCUUUUUGACGGGAACUAUCAUGGUUAACCUGCCACCUAUGACCUGCGUACUGCUUGACCCGUACACAGGGAGUGUUUGUGUACCUGAUGAAACAAGGCACAUCGAGUUGCAAAGGUGGGACAACUUUCACAAGACGCGAGACGGCGGUCAACAGAGUCUGAGAGCUGUCCAGGCUGGCUCCGAGCCAUCGUUUGAGCUUGACAACGACGGCUGUCGAGACGUACCGUACGCUUGUGGCUUUCGCUUGGAUACUUUUCUUCCGACACCUAUCCACCUGUUGACGAGUGAAUGCACAGGGGCAGUCUGCAGCUUGCUGAUUUCCAAUAACGUCGUUAACUACGAAAGGAAAGCGUUGAGGCAGGAAGACUGGGAGUUCUGGGAGAGGUUGCCAGAGAUUUCCCAUCAUUUAGCCAUGUUGCAGUAUUCUAAGGGGUCUAGGCAUGUGAGAGUUGACCUACUACGUGUAAUUCUGCGAGCUAGACGGGAUGCUGUUCUCGAGGACCUUCGCCGAGACACCUGGUUGAUUGAAAACCCCUCUCGACUAGAGGACGCCAAGGACUUGCUUGAUAUCUUAAUAGACAAAAGGUGUGAAAUAAACCUUCCUUUGAUCAUAGAUAUCCUCCAAGGUAAGCAGUUGCCCGUUUGGGGGAAUGUCAAGAAUGCAUCCCAUUUCAUUACAAAGCAAAUGGCUAAGGACUGCCUGCCUCCUCCCCAAACGGUCAGAUUGUCUAACGUCUUACAUGUUGGAGAAAGCACCGUGAUUCUUAGUCUUCUGUGUGCCUUGAAAUCCCACUCAUCUCAGAGAGACAAUGCUUUGGUGUUUCUGGACUGUAGGACGGAAGAGACUUUCAAAAAUCCAGUGGUGCAUUUGACCAAGACAGUCCAAUCAUUCUGGAUUCUUCCCGAGCAAAUAGAGACCUGGAGAGCACCUCGAUCAACCAGACUGUUUUUUUUUGCCUACGAACGCUUGAUGUUAGGAAACAGAGCCUCAAGUGAGAAUGAGCUUGUGGUCUUUGACCAGCGGGGUGUCAUUUUACUUCGGGCCACAGAUACUGAUGUUUUGGGGUUUAGUGGGUGUCGGACCUUCGUGACCUGCUCCGGUUGGAAUUUGUUGGGUUGUGAUGAGUCAAUGACGCACGUCAUUUCACUUGAUGUGAGGACCAAAGAAUGCAAGAAGAGUAAUUUGUCGCUGAUACAGAGCAUCCAAUUGGCUGCGGAUACAGUCUUCGUCGCGCUGCCAUCGGGCAUUGUUGCUUUGGACCCAGCAAGCUUGGAGCCGUUGGCAAUCCCUAACAGUCCUCCCAACACUCCCACCAAUGACUCCAGGCUCAUUAAUCCAGAGAGUAGGGGUAUGGUGAUCGAAGGGGAUUGCCGGUUUAUGAGCGUGUUAGCUACUCUAGAACAGAAAGAGCAGGAGGGUUUUAUCACAACUGUUAUUCUUGGCUACGUAAAUUCUGUCUCCAUUAUCCAAGUCAUCCGGAGGGCGCCAGGGCGAAGUUCCCACGGUGCCAACUGCGAACGUGCAUCAGUGGAGGUUUCUGCUAGCAUCACUUUACCUGGCAUACCAACUGAAGCUUGCUACAUCAGCAAAUCCGUCGGCUUCGUGGUCACGGCAACUGUUUCCAAGGAACGCCACAAAUCGGAGACCGAGAUAUUGUACUGGUUUGACAUGAGCGGGAGGUUUCGAGGCAUCCACCCAAUGCUGGGACCUGGCCGUCAUGGAAUGAUAUCCGUACAAAUGGAGGAUCCAGAGGUCAGCGUGGAAGCGUCUCAUGACGUCAGUGAAGGGCGACCUCUACGAUGGCACUUGUACUUCGCGGAUGGGUUUGGCGGCGUUUGUUGUAUGAUAUUUUGAACACUAUUAAUUCCCCCAUUUACCAUAUUGUUGUAGCGGUCUACCGGGACAUAAAAGGUGUAUAUAAUCAGAAUCAGCGAUUUGGCCUUCCAUGCAAUUUACAAGUGUCUUGUGUUUUUUCUACAGGUUUAAUUUUGAAUCGUGUAUCAGGUGGAGUUUCUAAGUCAUGUUAGAAAAUAAUGACAAGUUUUUAGAAUUAUGAAUGCAAAAUGGGUCAUCAGUUUUAGAGUGCCUUUGGACUAUGUUGCCUUAAUCAUGAAUUCGUGGUAUAUACUGUAAUUUCUUGAAAUGAAACUUUGUACUUUUAAACCACAAGCAAGUGCCAAACACUGAACAGGUCUCUGCAAAUGGAACCUUGAUGAAACAGACUUCCAAAAUGCACCAUUGUGUCUCAGUUAACCUCAUCGUAAUUUCUGUUUUACGGUCUGAAAAGGUAUUUUACUUCCUCUUUGAGUUCUACGCUAAGUAUUUCCAUAUCUACAGGUAAAAACUAUGAUAUCAUAUUGAGCAAAAACUAAUUGUUACAUUGGUAUCUGUACACAAACUUCAACGAUUUUCAGAAUUUGAAAACCUAAAUUUUCUUUGAUGAUUCAUUGUUGUACAAGUCGCAAGAAACAAGUAGGCAACCCUUUUUCUAGAAUUGCUUUCAAUAAGUUCUGCGUUCUCAAUUUGAACAGAAGAAUCUAUGGACGGAGCCAUGUCUUCUCUGGAUGACAUUAUAGCGACAGUGCCGUCAGUUGUCCAGAAAAACAUGGAUCAUUUGUAAAUGUUUAAAAAGUGCACUUGUCAGCAUAUUUUACUUUACAAAGGCAUGCCAGAUAAUUUUCAUAGAUUGAAAGGGAUAUAACAAUGGAGAAAAUUUGUGCCUCAGAAAAAUUCAAUGCAGCUUCACUGUAAGUCAUCAUUGCACAAUAAACUCUAACUGACAAGGAAGCUGUUUCUUGGAAACAUUAACCAACCACAACAGGGACAUUUAAGAAACAGAUCUCAUGCAGAUUUGUGCCUAUCCAGUUCGUAAGUGUGACGUCACUUCAAUUUAAACCACGCCCACUGCACAUGUGCAGUGCACAUAGGGUUACA